GUGAAGAGAAUCUUGACCAGAGACCUUUGAUUUGAGCAUUAAGAUAGACUCCAGAAGAUACGCAGAGUCCACCAGCACAGAGCAGAGCCUACAGUUACUGGGCAUUUCCCAAGAAUAGCAGAAAAUGACCAAGUCCCAGGGAUCAUUGUCGUUUGAGGAUGUGGCUGUGGACUUCACGCGGGAGGAAUGGCAGCUGCUGGACUCUGCUCAGAAGACUCUGUACAGAAAUGUGAUGUUGGAGAACUUGAGCAGCCUUGUGUCACUAGGGUUUCAACUUAUCAGACCAGAUGUGAUCUUCAGACUGGAGCAGGAGAAGCCAUGGGUAAUCAGUGAAGACAUCCCCAGUGAGAGCUUUUCAGAAUACCGGAAAGUUGAUGAUUACAAAGCAUGGCACCAAGAAAUUCAAGACAGGAUUAAAAAAUUGGAACAAGUCCGUGAAAUGAAUGCAAGUGGAAAAAUAUUUCAGUCUGGCAUGAACCUGGCACCUUUAAAGCAAAAGCCCAGUAAGCGUGUCUCAAAUGGAAAACAUUUGAAAUGCUCGUUAGAUUUAUUUACUCAGACUGGAAACUGUGGAAGAAAGCAAGCUGGUAAGGUCAAUGGAUAUGAGAAAUCCUGUCUCCGUACUGAACAUGAAAAAACUCAUGUUGGAUUAAAAUACUAUGAAUGUAAUGAAUGUGGAAAAGUCAUCAGCAAGAAGUCACGACUCAUUGUCCAUCAGAGAACACACACAGGAGAGAAACCAUUCAAAUGCAGUGGAUGUGGCAAAGCCUUUUCCCAGAAGUCACACCUUGUUACACAUCAGACAGUUCACACGGGAGAAAAACUUUAUGGAUGUGAGUGUGGGAAGGCCUUCUCUAGAAAGUCACACCUCAUCACACAUCAGAGAACUCACACGGGAGAGAAACCGUAUGAAUGCAGCGACUGUGGGAAAGUGUUCUCUCAGACAUCACAGCUCAUCAUUCAUCAGCGAAGUCACACGGGAGAGAAACCCUAUGCGUGUGGUGAAUGUGGGAAAGCCUUCAGCGGGAAAUCACAACUUAUUACUCAUAAGAGAACCCAUAUAGAUGAAAAGCCCAACAAAUGCAGCGAAUGUGGCAAAGCCUUCAGAGAGAAGUCAAGUCUCAAUAAGCAUCAGAGAAUUCAUUCAGGAGAGAAACCCUAUGGAUGCAGUGAGUGUGGGAAAGCCUUCAGUGGGAAGUCACUGCUCAUUAGACAUCAGAAAACUCAUUCAGGAGAAAAGCCCUAUGGAUGCAAUGAGUGUACAAAAGCCUUUAUUUGGAAGUCACAGCUCAUCAUACACCAGCGGACUCACACAGGAGAGAAGCCCUAUGGGUGUGGCGAAUGCGGGAAAGCCUUCUCCCAGAAGUCACACCUCAUCAUACAUCAGAGAACUCAUAGAACAGAAACCCUAGAAACAGAGUGAAUGUGAGAAACUUUGAAGAAAAUAAUCGCACUUCUCUCUACAUCCUAAAACGCAUUUAUAGAAAUUCUCUGAAGGCCGUGAGUAUAGGAAAGUCAUUGGCAGGAAGUUCUACUUCCUUAAACAUCAGAAUGCCAAACGGGAGAGUGGGCCUAUGUGUGCAGUGAACGCAGCAAAGACUGUAGAGAAAAGCACUCAGCAAAUCGUCUGGUCUCGUUGUAAAUCAAAUUAUUCAUAUUGAGGACAAAAAUAAUGAUUUAAAAGAAUAUAGAAAAACUUUGUCAAUAGAAACGUUAAAAAUCAAUUUCCAACUCUGGUAUUCCAUCUUUCAAAGAAAAGAUUAUUCAGUUUUAAAUGAUAAGCAUAUGAAACCUUAAAGAUAUAUACGUAUCUGUAUGUAUAUAUAUGUUAGUAAUGAUGACAGCCAAGUAAAAAGUCUGUCGCUUCAGAGGAAUAUAGGGCUUAUAUUCCUGAAUAUGCCUACAUGUUAUAAAUUUAUAUAUUUUCAUAGCACAUGUGAAAUUAAUCUGUGAACAUGGUGUAUGUCAUGUUUAUGACCCAGCGUCUGUCAAGAGUGCUACACGAUGGGUACGUUUGUUUGUACCAUAACGGUAGAAGAUAAGCUGGACCAAAUGAUGUAAUUUAUUAUUUAACAAACACGCUAAGAUAUAUUGCCAGAUAUUUUUGGCACAUGUAAAUGAGUUUGAGAGCUCUUACCUGCUCUGUCUUCAGUAAUAGAAGCUGGACUUUUUCAAUAAAGUCUUCUGCCUCCUCUGCGUCACCAGUUUAUAUACAGAACUGUUGUUCAUACUAGACAUGCAAAGGCAAGAAUACACAUUAACAUAUAACUGAGUGAGCAACAGAAAAGCCCUGAAUUGCAUCGCUCAUCAUCUAAAUAUAUGAGAAAUGGGGUUCGUAAAAAUAAAAGACCCACAAAGCAUAUCCUCCUAUUAUGUUUUCAGUGGGAUUUCUGUAUAGAUUAGUUGUACAUAGGUUGAAUAUAAUAGAGCCAAGAAACUAUAUUUUAGGUUAAUAUGUUAAGACA